UAAAUAUUCUUCUAAUUCUAAAUAACAUAAUUUUAAUAGUAUAAAAAUUUAUUGAAAUAUAUUCUUUUUUAUUUACAUAUCUUGUAAUAUAAAUGUAAAAAUUGAAUUAUUAAAGCAAUAAUAUUAUAAAUAAAAAAUAAUAUUAAUAUAUUAUAUUAUUAUAAUAAUAAUAUUAUAAAUAAAAAAUAAAAAGUUUAUGAUUAGUAAUAAAAUUUAAUUACAAAACUUUUUAAUGACAUUUAAUAUUUUAAAAUAACUCAUAUAUUAUAUUUAUCUUUAUUACUUUAUUUAAAUAUAAAAUUAUUUUAUUUUUUUAUACAUAAUUUAUUUCAGUUUCAAUUAUAAUAAAUAAUUACAAAUUAUAUAUUGUAAAAAUUAAUAACUAAUUUUUUAUUAUAAGAAAUUGCUUUUUUUUAUAAAAAUAUGACAAAACAUUUAUAACUUAACCUCAAAUUUAUUUUAGUUUUUACUAUGCAAUACAAAUUAUUUAUGUCUUGUUAAAUUUUUAAAACAUUUUUUAAAAAAUAUUUUUUUAAAAAAAUAAUAUUAUAAUUAUAAUAAAAUUUAAGUAAUUAUAUAACAUAAUAUAAAAUUUAUUGUAAAGAUAGCAAUAAGAAUAAAUAAUGUUUUAAAAACAAACAAUAUAUUAUUUUACUAAAAUAUAAAUGUGAUAUAAAUGUUAAUAAUAUGUUAAAAUGUAAUAUUUUAAUCAAAAUAAAAAAAUAAAUUAUUAAGAAAACAGUAUAACUAAAAUAAAUAUUUUAUUAAUCAUAAAAAUUAUUAACUAUAAAAUGCUGUAUUUUUAUUUUUCGCGAAGAAUAUAUUUUAUAUUUGUAACAAUUGUUGCUCUAAGUUUGAGUAUAAUAAUUUAUCAGAUAUAUUUAAUUCAAAUUGGUAAUAAAUUACAUUAUUCAGACGUACCUGUAAUUUUAUGGUGGACACCUUUUGGAAAUGAUGAAAAAUUACGGGACUGUGAAAAUUAUCAAUGUUAUUUCACAAGUAAUCGAUCUUUUCAAUAUUAUAAUCAAGUAAAGAGUUUCCUGUUUUAUGGUAGCAGUUUUCAAAUUAAUGAUUUACCAAAAUGGAAAUCCAAUGAGAUUCCAUGGGGUUUAUUUCAUGAAGAAUCUCCUAGAAAUAAUCCAAUCUUAGUCCAAGAGGAAACUCUGAAUCUUUUUACAUAUUCCUCAACAUUUAGUAGAUUUAGUGAUAUACCUCUUACUCUUGUAGAUCUACCUGGAAUUACAGAAUUAUUAAGUAGAAAAUAUUUUGUAUCGACCAAACAAAAAACUAAAUUAAUGUAUGAAAAAAAUUUAGCACCAUUACUUUACAUACAAUCUAAUUGCGAUACUGCAAGUAAUAGAGAUAAUUAUGUAGCUGAAUUAAUGAAAUAUAUACAUGUAGAUUCAUAUGGUACAUGUUUAAAUAAUGCUCAACUUAAUAAAAGAUUAAAGGAAAAUUACCUUGAAGUAUUAAAUAGAGAAGAUUUUCUUUCAUUCAAUGCCAAUUAUAAGUUUACAAUAGCUUUUGAAAAUGCAGUCUGUGACGAUUAUAUCACUGAAAAAUUAUGGAGGCCUCUUAUUGUUGGAUCUAUACCUGUAUAUUAUGGAUCACCAUCAUUUAAAGUAUUAGUUAAAAUUUAUAAUGAUUGGCUUCCAAAUAAUAUGUCUGCUAUUUCAAUACUUGAUUUCAAAGAUCCAAGAAGUUUAGCCAACUUUUUGUACAAUCUUUCUAAUAAUGAAAUUGAAUAUAAUAAAUAUUUAUCACAUAAAUUAAUUGAUAAUUAUGAUAUACAUAAUGAAAGAUUAAAAAAGGCAUUAAAAAAAAAUAAAAAAUUGCUAUCCAAUGAAUUUGGAAAUUAUGUUGAAGAAUUUGAAUGUUAUGUUUGUAAAAAUAUACAUAAAAAAAAAAAAACAAAAAUUAUUAAUAAGAAACAUUAUAAUUGUCCAUUGCCAAAAAAUCCAUUAACAAAUAAAAUUGAUUAUUCUAAUUCAUGGACGAGACAAUGGAUUUUAGAAAAAUGUAGUGCAAAAAUAUUAAAUUAUUAUCUCCAAAAUAAUCUUACAAUUAAUAUGGAAAAUUUUGAAAGAGAUAAAAUAAAAUUAUAUGAUAGAAAUGAAUGUUAAUCUAAAAAAUUAUUAUUUUAUAUAUGUAAUAAUAAAUUAUAUAUUUGUAUUUUUUUAUUUUCAUUAUAAAUUUUGAUACAUAAUCUAUAUUUUUACAAUAAAAAUAAUAUUUAUAAAAUUAAUAAAAAUCUAAAAAAUUU